UCUUUUCCAAGCGAGGAAGUCCCCAUCGCCGAUGAUUUUCUCAACGCAUUGAACUUCCUUUGAUCGCCAUUUGACUGUAACGCCAUCAGGAGCUCUUCGCGUUUACACGGUUGGUUAGAGGAGGAAAAGCGACCAUGUGCUAAAUACCUAAUUAACAGUUCGAUUAUACGGCCAAUCAGCGGUAAUCGAGAUACGUUAAUCUAUCCGUCCGUUUUUCUACUCGAUCGUGGAAACAGGGAGAUGGUAGCAGUACACGGUGCAUCGACAAUUAUAUAAAUACAAAUCCGCUUUCUGAACCGUGAACAGUUUAACGUCCGGGUUCGCGAUUUGUGGUGUCAUUUUGAGUUUUAAUACGCAUUUCGGAACAAGAAAAUGAUAUUUUAUUGCGCGAUUUUAUCGACUAUGUUUUUUUACGAUGUGAAUUGCGCGCUAGUACGAUUCAACGAUAAACCCGGUAAGCCGGAUGGCAGCAGCAAUAUGAUAAAAUUCUCAGAUAUGGAUCCUCGAAAUCAGGCAGAACACAGCAGCUAUAGCAUCAUCGAGACCGCAGGUUCUGGUAGUUCGAAUGUACCGAAUCACGUUCAACAUAAAUCCGAACGACGAAAAAAAAUCAAAUUCGAUGACUCCGAGUCGAAAUCGAAAUCCAAUUCGAAACUGAAAUCAAAAUCGAAACCUUUGGCUCGAUCUUCAUCGGUGAAAAAACCCACUUAUAAUGGCGAUUUGAAACAAUCCGGGAGUCGUUUGAGUGGUCUCGACGAGGGUUUCGAAGAAGGCUUCGAUAAAGAAAAACAUUUCGGCAAAGAAGAAGGUAAAAAGUACAAAGAAGCUCAUAAUUCCGAAGCCGGCGAAAAAGCUCAACAAGGAUACAAGAAGGAACAAGCGUACGACAAAGCCGAAGACGAAAAACACGGUAAAGAAGAGAAGAAAGCCGUCAUCAGUGAGAAAGAAGGUGAAAAAAAAGGACAUCUAGAACAAGAGAAACAAUUCGGCGAAGAAUACAAAAGUAACCAAGGCGAGAAAGAAGUCUCUAUCACGAAAAAAGGAGGUCAUAAAAAAGGACAUAAGAAAAAAGGUUUCCAUAAAGUUCACCACAAAGACGAGUAUAAAAAAGACGAAGUGUUCUACGACGAAGUUCAUUCGGAUAAAGAACAAGAAGAACAUGCCAAAGAGCAAGAAAAACACCAUAAAGAGAAAGGUGCUUCGGCCAAAACCAACCAUCUCGAUUCGGGAUAUCACGAAGCCCAAGCUGAAAAGAAAGGCGCUCAGGAUCAAGGACAUAAGUACAAAGAAGCGUCCGGGCAUAAGAAAGAAGCCGGCGAAGAAGCACAUCUCGAUGAGGAAUCCAAGUUUGGUAAAAAACAAGGGUCUAAAGAAGGUAAAAAAUACGGUCACGAAGAAGAAGGCGGAUCUGUCGAUGCUGAGCUUGAUCUUUUUUGAAAAACUGCCAACGAUAAGGUUCGAGCGAAUGGAAUUAUCUCAGUUUUAUCAGAUUUCGAUAUUUUACGUUUUAUUAUUUUUCACGCGUGGUUCGUAAAUUCUUGUCUGGAAUUGACUGGUGAAUAAAAAAUUAGUGAAAAAAAAUCUUAAUUAAUGAUGAAGAAAUUUUGUUUGAAAUUCGAGUUUGUUUACUUUUUUUUUUUUGGAGGGAGGAUUUUUCAUCGCUGUUUGAAAUUCGAAUCGCUGAAGAGGUAAACAACCUCGUGGUUCCUUAUAAUUUAAUUUAUUUAUUCAACUUAUUAUUUAUUAUUAUUUUUGUAUGUAUUUGCAUUUUUUUAAAUUAGUCUGUUUUCAUCAAAUCGAAUGAACUAAUUGUUUCUAUUUCUAUACGCAUUCGUUUCAAUUUUUUUUUUUGGAAAUAAAUUCAUUUUUUUCAACGUUUUCAAAUUA